GAGCAAGUGGGAAGCGCAGUCCGAGAAGUCGUGAGCACUCAUCUUUCGCGUUUGUGAACUAACGAAUCGGAUUCUCAUCUAUUUCACCCGUUCAACGAUUUCCAGGAAGAGCGGUGAUGGCAAGCACCCCAAAACUUCCAAGAAAACCGUUGACUAUAAUGCGAAUGCAACAAAAUCAUCAGUUUUCAGCUGAAACGAAACCAUUGAAAAUCCGGAAGAAACCCAACCUAAAUUCUUCUGCCUCUGAGUCGUCCUGCUGUGAAGAAGAAGUGGGACCUAAGGACAGCACCAAAGGGAUCGCUACUCAAAAUGUUCAACCUUCACGAUUGAGUCCCAGCCUAAGCUCUUCCGAUUCGGGCUCAAAAUCAGACGCUCAAGUGUUCAAAGAAACCGAAUCAGAAAAGCUAACCAAGUCAUCCUUGACUGAUCUGGCUCAAAAAGAAGAUGGAGCUCGAGUUACUAAGAGGCAAAAAGUAUCGGAAAGUGGUCCUGCAGUCGCCACUGCUGUGGAAAUUCCAGGGAACGCUGAUCUUCAAACUCAACAUCAUAAUGACAAAAAGACGCCUCGCAAAACUAACGAACGCUUCCAGAGAGUGAAACCUCAGAACGUCGCGCCGAACCUUUUGGUGGACAACGGGUACGAAGCGAAAGCGAGGCCAAAGAAUGACUACGGCGAGCGCGCACAUCAAGACCUGAUAGUUACCCGUGGGUCUGGGUUUAGGAAAGAAAAGAACAAGAAGAAGAGAGGUUCAUAUCGUGGCGGGGAGAUCACUUUAGAGAACCAUAGCAUCAAGUUUGACGACUAGAAUGCAUAUAUACCACGAUCCUCAUGUCCUAAUCUUGUUGCAAUAUGCCAUUCAUCUUGUCGGGCUCCUUCCCGAGAAGGACUCUGGGUAAUGUCUGCUCGCAUGGGCCUGGAAAGUAAAAGUGUGCGGAUCCGAUUCCUUGAGG